AUUUUUGUAACAUUUUUCCCCUUCUCUCUGCUUCUUGUCAUCAAAAGAAACAAACAAAUGUCCGAAUGUUUGGUUUCUCUCUUUAAAGCUCCCUUUACCUUCCUCUAUGCCUCCUCUCUUUCGUUUCCAUUUCAAUCCCCAAUCUCUUUAUUAAAUUCAACUUUCUAGUCUCUCUGUUUUUGUGUUCCUCUUUGUUUCUUUCUUUUCUCUUGAUGGGCGCUAAUCUUUCUUCAAGCUUUGCAGACCCAAAUGUUUAUUCUCUUGUUGGGUCUUUAUGCUUACAACCAUCACCACCGCCCCCAAGGAUAAAGCCAGGUCUUGGUGAUUUACCAGAGAGUUGUGUCGCUUUAGUUCUUGAAUAUUUAAACCCAUCAGAGAUUUGCAGAUUGGCUAAAUUAAACAGGGCAUUUCGUGGUGCUUCUUGGGCUGAUUUUGUUUGGGAGUCAAAAUUGCCUGUGAAUUAUGAAGAUUUGAUUGAAAGAGUUUUUGGUGAUGGUCUUGAAGAUAAGUUGUGUAAGAGAGAGGUUUAUACCAGGCUUUGUAGAGCUAAUACUUUUGAUGAUGGCACCAAGAAAGCGUGGCUGGAUAAGAGAACUGGAGGUGUAUGCUUAUCCAUUGCUUCCAAGGGGUUAGCGAUAACAGGAAUCGAUGAUCGAAGAUAUUGGAAUCAUAUUCCAACAGAGGAAUCUAGAUUGGCUGGUCAAGUCCAAAUUGAUCCGAGCAUUUUCUUGUCGAACUUCUUCAAAGAGUUGUGUCUUCUUAAUUAUGAGCUUGGAGGUUAUAUAAUUGGACCUUCAAGGGCUUCAACUCAGUUGCAUAUCUUCAGCAAAUCUGGUGGUUUGAGGUGGAUGGUCAAUUUGAAUUCCCAUUUCCAGCAGGGACCUAUAGCCUGUUCUUCAGACUACAAUUGGGGCGGGCUGCUAAGAGGUUUGGUCGCCGCAUCUGUAACACUGAGCAUGUCCAUGGUUGGGAAAUAAAACCUGUGCAGUUUCAGAUAUGGACUUCAGAUGGUCAGCAUGCCUCUUCCCAGUGUUUUUUGAACGAUCCUGGGAAAUGGAACCUCUACCAUGCUGGGGAUUUUGUGGUUGAUGGCGCCAAUGCAUCAACGAAGCUCAAGUUCUCUAUGACACAGAUAGACUGUACACACACCAAAGGUGGUCUAUGUUUGGACUCCAUAUUAGUAUAUCCAUGUAAAUUAAAAGAAGGGUUACGGCAUUUUUAAACCGUACUUAACCUUAUAGGGUAGAGUCUGCGUUGUAGGGAGCUGGGACAUCUUUGAGACGAAGCGGAAUCUAGUAUUUGUUGGUUCUUCAGGCCUUGUAUCAUGUGCACCCAAGCAAUGUAUAUAUAGUCGUCUUUAAGGUUGUUGAUAAAGUGUGUAGUUUUUUAUUA